AAAUAAAUUAAAUUCGAUUUUUUUUUCUCCAAGUCAAUAUUUCUUAAUUUUGUCUUCCUGUCUUCUCCCACCAGCACAAUUCGGCCAUUUUUCUUUUCUUGAUUUCUUCUAAGUAAAAAGAGUUUUAAAUAAUUGUGUCUUGAAUUACCUAGUCCAAGAUCAAGUUGAAAAUUCUUGCCCGAAACUUCAUUAUUAAGAUGUGGGAUUGAGUCGUUAAUUCGUGUAGUGGCUGAAAGGAUUAAUCUUGGAUAAAACCCAGAUGAAAUGGAUAGGAUUGGGAUUGAUAAUGGGAUUGAUAAAUCCCCUCCUAGCGCAUCGAGUGGGAUAGGGGGUGAGGGAGGCAGUUUAAUGGAAGCGACGAGCAUUGAUCUCAAUCAAGAAACAAGUGGUACCAAAGUUUGUAGGACAAGUAUGUUACAUACAUAUGAAAAUGUAUCUAUAGACGAGCAGUCCAAUCAGUAUUCGACACCCGAAACUAACCAUCAAAGACCAAAAUUAAUGAACUCAUCUUCUGUUGUCGAGGUUUCAAAGGGCUUCAGUCUUAGUCCAUCUCUUGGGGCUCGAAGAGGGUUGGAUUAUUGUAUCACGGCACCGGUGCAGAGAAAUCUAUUCCUUGAGAGCCAAGAAUCUGCGAUUUCGAGGUCUAUGAGUGAGAAGAGGGGUACUCCUAUGCCUCCUUUAAAGUUGGAUCGACUCUCCGAACGCGAGAAGGUGAAAAUCUCGCUGUACACAAUGUCUCGAAUUUUCCUCGUUUAUUUAAUGUUUCUGGUUUACGUUUUCUUGUGUUUGUUCAUAUGUUAUGUUUACGCGUGUGAAUAUACAGCUCAGGCGAUUAUUGCGAACCCCCCUGCUUACGGGCAUGCACAUGUAGCCGAAGCGCUCGGCGUUCCCCUGCAUAUGUUCUUCACAAUGCCUUGGACGCCUACAUAUGCAUUUCCUCACCCAUUAGCACGUGUACCGCAAAGUGCAGGAUAUUGGCUGUCGUAUAUUCUCGUGGACUUGCUGAUAUGGUGGGGCAUAAGAGGACACAUUAAUAAUUUCCGAAAAAAUAAACUGAAUCUUCCGCCUAUUGCAUAUUUUAGCACAUACCACGGCUCGAUUUCUCAUCUCCCAACGGGAUAUAUGUGGAGCCCACACGUUGUUCCCAAGCCAAAUGAUUGGGGCCCGUUGGUUGAUGUAGUUGGUUACUGUUUUUACGACCUCGGGUCUAAAUACCAACCGUCUGAAGAAUUUGUGGAGUGGAUACUAAAGGGAUCUCCACCGAUUUAUAUCGGAUUUGGAAGCAUGCCUCUGGAGGAUUCGAUCAAAACUACGAAUAUUAUUUUGGAAGCAUUGAAGAAUACUGGGCAAAGAGGAAUCAUUGAUCGAGGGUGGGGAGAUCUUGGUGCUCAUUCAAAUAUUCCGGACGAUGUUUUCCUUCUUGUGGAUUGCCCUCAUGACUGGUUAUUUCCUCAGUGUUCAGCUGUGGUUCAUCACGGUGGAGCUGGUACAACAGCAACUGGGCUAAAAGCCGGGUGUCCUACGACCAUAGUGCCGUUCUUUGGAGAUCAAUUUUUCUGGGGAGAGAGAAUCUAUCAGAAAGGACUUGGACCAUCUCCGAUCCCCGUAUCACAGCUCACCGUCGAAUCUCUUUCUGAAGCUAUUACAUUCAUGCUCCAGCCAGAGGUAAACUCUCGAGCAAUGGAAAUAGCGGUAUCGAUACAAAACGAAGACGGGGUAGGAUCUGCUGUGGAUGCAUUUCACCGCAAUUUGCCAGCUCAGCUUCCUUUGCCAACACCACCGCCUUCGGAAAAAGACGAAGGCCCGAAUCCUCUGCAAUGGUUUUUCAUUCAAAUUGGAAGAGUGUGCUCCUUACCUUGUGGUUCUUAGAUUAUUAUUCCAUUGUACAUAGGCAAUAUCUAUUAUUCAAUUUUUAUUUUUAUUUUAUUUGUUUUCUUUUUGUAUUGGUUGUGUUAGAAGAGAGAGUGUAUUUGUCCCCACAUUUUUUCACUUGAGAUAUAGAUGUAAGUUGUGAGAUCACUUGUAAAAACCAAGGCUUGUGUUUAUUUCCAUGUUUAAAUCUUGUCCUCGAAUCAUGGCCAUCAAAUUUUCUUUUGAAAGAUAUAUAUAUAUUUGAACGAUUAGUGAUCGCUUCU